UGGCUUCCAAUCUUCAGGUAAGUAGCGAGUGAAUCUCUUAAAUUUCACUCAAAAUCACGAAAUGUAGGAGGGCUGUGACCUAAGAUCCUACUCGUUAAAAUACAUGGGAAAUUUUGCUGAGGUGAUACGACGAGAAAAAUAAUUUCUAAAUAGCCAACGUACCUGUUCCAGAUGUUGAUGCACAUGCACUUCUUCCUGAGGAGAAGCGAAGCGAGAAAGAUGAAGCUGAAGCUGAUGGCAAAAAGGACAAACUUCCUGUAACUGCAUCAUCAGAGAUUAUUUCAGGCUUCUCCAACAGAAAAUUAGUCCACUGUACAACCUUCAUCCAGGCGUAGAAUUCAAUAUUGUAUCAACAAUUACAGUGUGAUCAUGGCAAACAAUAGCAACAACAGUAUGGGUACAAUACUACCAUCCACAGCACCUUUAACCAGUGAAGAGAGUGGUUUGGUCUUUGUAGUUCUGUCUUGUCUUUGUGCAAGCCUGUGGUUGGUCUACAUCACUUUCUAUCAUUCACGUGUUAUGGGCUUCUUGCUUACCAAGCUGAUCAAUUUCAAGUAUAUGAAGGAUGGACAAUACUUUAAUAUUGGAUCAUUUUCCUUUUCAAUAUUGUGGGGGAAGAUCAUGUUCAGAGAUGUUGUGUACAUAACUGAAGAUCUCAGUUUUAGGGUUAUUGAUGGUAUUGCAAUCUUUAAGUAUUGGAUUCCAUACAAACCAGAGCUGUCAAGGAAGUCACCUUACCAGCAUGAACCAUCAGAAAUAGAUGCUGCAAAAUCAGCCCUGAAUAUUUCUGCAACCUCUACUGUUGAACCAAAAGUGGAUGUGGAAAAGGGACAAGAAGAGGUUAAGAGUGGAUUGCCAGCAUGGCUUUUGGAGCUUGUUCCAGCCGUCAAGUUUGACAUCAAUAAUGGAAGAGUGGCUUUUGGAAACAGGUUGUUAGAGACCACUUUGUGUUUCAAGUUUGAGAGCGCUACAGGAAUUUACACAACUUCGCAGGCUCAAUCAUCUCUUGAUGAGUUUAUGCAUAUUGUUAAGUGUCAAGGAAAGAAUGUGCGAGUGAUGCUGUCUCCAAGCCCAUCUUACACUGGGCCGAUCGAUGAACCUCCUCGUUACAUGGGAGAGGGUUUUGUUGUCCUUCAAACUGCUGACUGUAAAAUCACAUACUAUCAAGAUGAACCAGGUUUUGUUCCCGAGGUCAAAGCCGAAAAUGAAGAAGAAUUACCAGACAGUGAUCCUCACUGGGGAAUCGAUGUUGUCUUCUUCAAGAACACCAAUUUGUUCUAUGGGCCUUGGGUUGACAGACAAAGAGAUGCGUUGCAGAAGUUCUUCUUCCCUUUUGACUACCAGGAGAUUCAAGCCACGAAACCCUUAGUCCCUGGCCAGAGGCGAGUUCACACCGGUCUGGAUGUCAAGUUUGACUUUGAGUGUGAUUCCACACUUGAUAUUUUGUUUUCUAAGAAAAGGGUCACUAAGGCUCUUCAUCUGUGCGUGGGGUCUGGGUCACAUGUGCGAGUAUACCAGCCGUGGACUGUGAAUGAGUAUGGUUACACUACCUCAGUUGUUGCCAAGUUAUUCCAGGUUGAAGCUACGACCAGUUUGGCCUAUAGGCAGCUCAUUGAUGCAGACAUGAUGGACCUGGCCUUUCACAUGUCUUUCCCUCGCAUUUGGAAUCAAACACAGCACUGGUCAUGCGAUAUUACCCUUCAGAAAGUCACGUGGAGUUUCAUCUUUGCGCACAAGUUCUUCUUUCAAGAGAUGAUAGAAGAUUGGACAAUGAACUACAAACCCGACCUACUCACCUUUGUACCCUAUGAAUGGUCAUUUAACAUCAUACUGCGAGACUUUGAGAUGGUCUGGUUGGGAAAUCAGCACAACUGGAUUGAAUGCACUUCAAAUAAACAUGAAAAUGCUGAGCUUGCCUUUUGUGGUGAGGUGUUUGACUUAACAUUUGUCCUCCAAUAUUUCCGUUUCAUACCGGAAAUAGAAGAGAUCAAGUUCUUUCUACAAGCCGAGAAGCUGGUUGCCAGAAUGUUUGUCCCGGAGUCAAACACUCUUAGACGCAGCCUGUUGUCGCUGGCUCGUUCCUCGGAGAAGAAACGGGAACAGGGUCUUAGAUCGCGCUCAUCAACGACCACUGGGAACAUAGACGAGGCGGUAGAGAGUGCCGAUGAACAGCCGAUCACGGGCACAACUGAAGAGACAAUCAGUGGAGGAUGGAGGCGGCACACGGACGAAAGUCUAGGAUGGGUAGAUGUGAUGUCCGUUCCCAUCCUAGGGCUCUCCUUGGGGUACAUCUAUCACCCUAUGUAUCCGAGCCCCAAGUUUGAGGUGCCCCGAGGCGAGGAGCUUCUUUGUGACCCUACACAGUGGGAACCUGACGUCAUCACCCUGGAACUGGAUGCUGGACCAGCCGCACUCAAGGUGUUUGGCUCACUGCUGGCUAUACUAGCCGCCAUUAAGGAGAAUUACUUUGGAAUUUACCAAGAAUUUAAAGAGCUCGGUGUCAAGUACAAUCGAGAAGAAUCAGUGAGCGAAACUACUCUGGGCUCUGCGAGUAAAGACACAAUUAACUUACAAACACUGAGGCCAAUGGAAGCCAACAUCUUCCUUCAACUUUGUGAUGUCAAGGCGGAAUUGACGAAGCAUUGCGGUCCCAGCGAGCCGUCGAGUCCGCUCUUGUUGAUGGAGAGACUGUCGUUUGAAAUGCACAAGACGUACACAGAGACCCGGUUACAACUGCAUCUGAGUCCUGCCACAAUCGUGCUUGUUGACGGAAAUGAACGCGGAAGUGUGAACCACAAUUUGUCCCAGGGUCAUCUGAGUUUGUCUGGACUCCAACUCCGUGGUCACGCCAUGUUCUCUGGUCUGGAUAGACCACCUGACUGUGAGACUUUGGAGUACGCAUGGCUUGUAGAGAUACAGCUGGGAAUACUCUCUGGAAGGCUCACCAUUCCACAGCUCCAAGCCAUGGCGAACUGGGUACAAACGUUUGCCUUUCACGUCAUCAAUAAAGAGAACGACCUGGGACCUAGCACCCCGUAUGUCCAGUGCAUUCACGGUAAACAACAAAAUGUUUGCGAAAAAAGGCACAAAAAGCGAAAGGUGCCCAGAGAUGUGGACCAUGCCGAAGAGACCACUGAGGGGUCUUUGCCAAAGGAGACCUUGAAAAGAUCAAAGAGCUCUCCACAGCUGUGUAUCCCCGAAAGCGACGUGAAGUACCAAAUGAUAAGGGUCUCAGUAGGGAACAUUAAUUUGUUCCUUGUUGAGACCGGAUCUGCGUGUAAUUUGGAGGUUUCUCCCGUUAGAUUAGCUAAAUGCAGUCUUCAAAGUUCAGAGUCCAGCUCGGGUGUCAGUUUGUUCGUGCAAACGGUUAAACUGCGCCAGUUUGUUUGUACCCCGUGGCCAGAGAAAACCCAACAAAUUCUCAGCGACGCGCGGCGGCCAUUGUCCAUGGUAGAAAAUUCAUCUUGGCUUCAGGCGGCUGCUGUACAACUUGGACCAAUCGUUUCUGAUGUAUCGAGCGCAACGUCUCACCCGGAACUUUACCAGGAACAGAAAGAUUUCCUGGAAAUGCACGAUGCGCGGUUCCAGCGGCUGUGGUUUCUGUGGCAACCUCAGGAGCAACUACCUGGUAGGAGACUGGGUUGUUGUGGUUGUACCGGCGGGUGCAACUUUUUCGGCAAAAAUUUAAAUGGAACACGAUUUUUCACUGCUGAGAAAUUAGACGCUAGCGAAAACGAUACUGGAAUUGGUGGAUUCGGGAGCGAGCCUGGUUUCUAUGACGAUGGCGACAUCGUGGACAGUGGUGCCAGGCCUCUUAUGUAUUCUCGCAGUGUCGACCUAGAUGCCCUGGGCUCUAAUUAUUUUGAUCGGACACCCGUUGGAUCGAUAGAAGCAUUUACGCGCCGGCGAUACCAUAUUUCCGGGUCAGAGGGAAGCUCUCCAAAAGUAAAAAGAGUGAUGCACGCGCCGUCAAAUGAGGAAGCUUACGUGGAACUCGAGAUAGAUGACGAUGUUAGUCCCAUGCCCUCUCGUCUCAGCUGGUGUGAACCAGUUCAGCGUGAGGAGUUCAAUAUCUCCAAUAUGCAUCAAAAAAUGCGCCGCAUCAGGAGCACGAGUCUCCAAGGGUCAAAGCAAAGCCUGGGGCAGAGUAGGAACCAGUCUACCUCCAAAUCACCCCGUGAACCAUUGCAGAGGACUGAGUCUCACUUCUCUCAUGGUAGCGAGGCUUCGUUUUAUUCCUGUGGCAGCCUGUUGGAUGAAAUUGAUAUGAGGCCUGCUAGCUCAAAAGUGAAUUCUCUCGAGUCGUUUGUAUCUGCUGUAGAGGAACCGGAUGACCUCAUGAAGUUCGAGGACGACAUGCUCUCUCCGUCUCAUUUUGUUAUUACGUCUCCAAGUAUGGUUUACAAAUACUCACAGCAUCUGGAACAAUUGGAAUGUUUGAACUGGAAUUCACCUCUGAUGAUUCCAGAUGAGCAGCGACUGUUCAGCAUUACGAACAACUUAAAGGAGAUGGAGCCACAAGAAGACUUUGUCAUUCCCGGGAUUCCCCAGUUUACUUACCAAGACGGCGAGAAGAUCGAGUUUCCUCUGCUCGUCAAGAGGACCCAGAAGAGGACAGAUCGCGACGAGUGGCAGGAGGAAGAAGUUUCAUCUUCUAGUGCUGAAUCUGCAUUCUCCCUCAAUCUCUCAGUGAAGGCAGCAAGCCCUGCACAGGACCCCCCGGGAGAUGCGAGAAACGACGAUGCCAGUUCUGGAGUUUUAGAUGCAAGUGAACGUGAUUCCAAUCUCAAAACUAGAUGGAACUCGGCAAUCAAUCAACAAGACAGAACCUCGGCCAGUUCCAGCUCCGAAUGCUCUCCAGAUCACACGCUCAAGAAGACGAAAAAGUCACGCAACGAAGAAACCGUAAUAUUGCGCUUUGUUGGAGACAUCAACAUCCUCGUCACGCCAUUAUUGUUGGAGGCUUUGCAGAGGUAUGUCUCCUCGAUAUCUCGACAGGACAAUAUUUUGCAUCCGGCUCUUGUUGUAGAUCUAGUGCAUGACAAAUGUGUGGAUGCCACUGAAAGCCUGUACGACAGACGCGAGUUAGAAGUAUCCUUAGGGUCAGCAACCAUUGCUCCGGCUAUUGAGGAACCAAAACAAAAACAGAUGGUUGUUUCGUUUUCAACUUCAAAGAUCAACUUUUGUUUUUUGCAAGUGGCAUCUGUAGAGCACAGUGAAAUUCCAGGCUCUCCUGAAAGUUUUGUGGAAGAAGAAAAGUCGCCGUCAGUGUCUUUACUAGCGGGAACCGUUAGUGGCAUUACGGCGGAACUUCUGUCGGUUAGGCGGAAGCCUGCAGCCGAAGAGCCUGAGGUGCUGAGAAGAGAUUCCAAUGUGUCGUACACAAUUGCACCUUCGAGCGCCAAACAAACGGCCAAAACUGUUGAUGUACAAUCCUUGUCCAAAGAAGAAUCUACAGUACCCAAUAAGAAGGCGCCGCGUCAUCGAAACACUAUGACAACCGGUCAUGCCUCGUGUGCACAAAUUCAAUUUCAAUUGCGGAAGUUGUGUGACAAAGAGGACCUUGAGAAUUGCGUGACAACUGCCAUAGCGGAAGAGUCGUCACGAUGCAAGUUCAAAAUAAACAAUAACAGUUAUACAAGCUUCUCAGAGGGCUUUGAGACGCAUAGUGUCGAGCGCGGGAAUACACUUAAUUUAUUAAUGCUGGAAUGCGGCCUUGAUAACGUCUCCUUCAAAGCCGGAAGUGAAUGUGCGAGCGGAAGUGAAGUGUUACCGAAAAUAAGAGAGAAGAGGCGAGCCGCUGGCCAUCAAAGUGGGAGUAACAGGCUCUCGUUUGGAGAAAGGAGCAAAGUAGGUAAUACAGAAGCUCACGGGUUUAAUAAUCCUAUGUUUGAUACAGAGGUAGGGAUGCGUACCUCGCUCGCUGAACAGAGCCAAAGAUCGGAUACGAGUUUGAGUCAUGCCAGUUCUUUGCCGUCGAGUCGUGGAUCCGUCAGCAGCGGUAGCAGUGGAAAUGAUUCUGACAAAGAAAGCGACGCUGAUGACGACGUUACCAGGCCCCUACUUCGUCUAGGAGAUCGCGUGGUAGAGAAAGGAAAAGAAAAUUCAGACUUGGUUAAACAGGAGGAGAUUGAACCGAAAGACGCAGAACUCGCGCGACGAACGGACGUGACAAUGAAUUUCACCAACAUUUGGUUCAAUCUGUCGUCGCCGUCUUCUUUGAAAACUGUUCCCUCGAACUAUCACUUAUACAAUAGUCUCGUCACGACUGCAGUGCCUUUCGUGACAGCCUGGAUCCCGUCUGUCACGCAACUGAAAUCAACUCUCAAUACAUUGGAGGAGAAUCAACAACGAUUUCUGAAGAGCUUGUUUGCUUGUCUACUGGCUCAGGCACUACCCGAGUAUGGACGGAUUCCCAAAGCACACACGGUAAGCCGUGGUUCGACGGAGAAAUCCAAGUUUCUACAGCAGGACCAUUCCAGCCAACUCAUUUAUAUACUUCGAAGGCAGCUAACAGGUUCCAAACUCAACAAAAUUAAACACGCGCUCGCCGUGAAAGCGAACAUUCCAGAAAACGAAAACCUAGCUAAAGGAAUCUUCGCCUUGGCAAGACAAUGGAAGUGUUUCCUGGCAGGAACCGAGGAGGGCGAAGUCGCGUUUUACGGGUCCAGUUCACUGAAGCGUCGGGUAGUCGGACGUGGAGUACUGACCCAGAGAGAUAGGGCGAUUUUACUCAGGGAGGAGAGGGCGAGUAGGCAAGAGGAUAUGCCCUUGGACUUAAACAUUCCACAAGUAACAGAGACAAUACACGAGAGUCCAGUAUUAACUAAUGCAGACCAGUCAAAAGAUGAUGAAGAAUCUCUAACCGAAACACCAGUGAAAACAGCAAAAGACUCUCUAGUUCUGGAGCUUGAACCAUUAAUUGCCGCUAAGAAUUCCCCGAAGCCAGCCCACCUGGAUGUACCCAGACCGAGGAGAGUGGUGUCUCAGGAGACUGAUACCGACUCGGAUUCUUCCCCACCGACCACCAUGAGGAAACCACCCAAAGCGACAACUUUCGUGGAGGGUAAAAAGCUGGGACAUAAAAAGCAGUUGAGUUUAUACAGUUGGCUAUCAUCUCCACCCACUACCUCCCCUCUCACAUCACAAACAAAGGCCAACGUCGAGGCAGGAGUGGAAACGAAUGCAGGGGAAACGAUUAAAGACGUAACUUCCAACUCCUCCUCUCCUGAGGAACCCGGCCUUUUUAGCGACAUGGUCAGCGUACCGACCAGCGGUAAACAGAUCAAAGACGAGCGUGAGACUUUUAAGAAUUUUCUACAGGCCAUUAAUCUGAUCCCAAGGGUUGCUAAACAGCAAGAUACGGCCAGCACGUUCUCUGUGAGCACGAAAUUGAGGUACCUGCACGUGCAUUUAGUGGACGGAGGCUUUGAUAACCUGGCCAAGAGAGGAAAGGGCAAAGGAAAGAACCGGGUGGAGACUGGGGAUAGGAACAAGAGACGCCGCCAGGAGAGAGACCCUGUAUUCAUCGCGAGAGACUUCGUUUUCAGAUUUCUUCGUGAUGAAACUCCUCGCGACACUCUUCUCCAUAGGACCCCAGGCAACAGUUUUUACUCGAUAAAGGAAAACGACAAAUUGACGCAAGUCAACUUCACCGUGGGAUGUGGCAACAUCACUCAGCGUAUCAAUCUCUCUUUCCUCCGCCUGGUUCUACAAGCAGUGGACAUGCUCGAGUUAUUGUCAAAUUUUAUCUCCAAAAGCAAUGAAUGGGAGCUGCCGCUGACAUCUGGAGACCAAAGUUUGAUGUCUCCUGGGGACCAAACUGACGGGGGUCCGCCGUUGAGGUCAGAAGUGCCCCAUGCAGCUGCAAGGUGUUGGAGAAUAAUGUAUCAAGUUGUAGACCUUUAUUCGUCGUUACCACGCGAGGCCAAAAACAAGGGCUUUUUGAGGCGUAGCUCUCUUGGGAAAGUAUUAGGAGCUGGCAAACUAUCGCCAGAUAAGCCAUGUGAUGUCAAAAUCGACAUCGAAGACGGUCCGAUAGAGGACGGUAAAAGGCGCCGUGCCCGCAGCCCAGGGAGUCCUGACAAGAGACGUUCAGCGGCCAGCCGCAGCACCACUGAAGCAACAACCAUAACGGAUCAGGAGGAUGCGCAAAGUGUGAUACCGCUGUCCACAGUGUUUGGUGUAGUGACUUUACCGCGUGUUAAACUGCUGGCCAGUAUCGGCGGGCUCAUACUGGAGACAGAGCUCAGAGAAAUGAGUGUGUCGUUUUGUAAGAAGGAGAAGAUGGAGAAAAGUUGUGAAGGCCAUGCCACGUCUUCCGUGACGGCUCAUGUGGGAAAAACAAGAAUGGAUCUGAAAGAGACAUCGAAGUAUGCCACAGGGACCGUGGUGAGCUGCAAUUUGUCUCGUUCUCAUGCUCUAUACUCUUCUGUCACGCAAUCAAGUGAGGAGAAAGGUAACGCAUUAGUGACGUUGGGAGUGGUUGACAUCGAUAUCCCACAACACCCUGUUGCGUUACACUCAAUGAUGACGCGAAGUUCACGCACUAUAUCGCGACACAUCUCAGAGAUUCAAAGUCAAAGAUCUGUCAUAAGAUCAAUGGCAAGUCUGGAGACUAGAUCCCAGUCCCGCCUAAUGAACCCCAGGCUUUCUGGUGUGCCGUCUGAUUUCUCAAAGAUCGCUCAGCUUGUGUCUCCGUCUUCUGUCAAGCCGUUUGCUCCAUGGGAUCGUGUAGACGGACCCUCGCCACUCCCCACAGUAGCUAGAAUCUCUUUCACGUGUGUUCUGAAGGGAUUUUGCCUCGGAGCCUCGCUGCUGCCUUCUCUUCGAGCAGAGUACAAGAUUGGAAGAGUUAAAGGAUCAGGUCGCACAGGCAAGAACAGCACUUUCAAGUUGUCCAUGCCGGUUCACAAUCUGAGUUUUACUUCCAAGGUUCAGUCCCUGGAUAAUACAAUCCCGCCAGCCACGGUUGUGGAACUCCCCCCAGUCCACGUGGAAGGUGAACUCAUUUCCAAGCUUCCUCGGCCCGUCCGAGCCAAGGCAAGACCUCCGGAAACUGAGGAGAGCUUUCUCCGUCGUUCUUCAUCUAAAAGCCAUCUGUACGUAUCAGCAGAAAUCGGUGCCUUCCAACACAGCCUCACUACAGAUCUGUUGAACCAUCUUGUGUUUGUGCAGAAGAGCUUCAUGAAGGAAGUGAAUGAUGUUCUUCAGCGAGUGUCCGGUGAGAGCCAACCAGUUCCCUUGUGGAGAACCGCUUCUACUGAAGAUGUGGACACCGCGAAGGAGAAAGAAAUUCCCUUGCUGUAUUCAUUCCGUCUUAAUCUGAAGGGAAUUCAAGUGACAGCUACAACUCCUUCUUCUACCGCGGUGAGACUGGACACCGGUGUAGUAUCAUUAGAGGUGUCUAACUCAGCGCCAUCGUCUGGUCUCUUGCAUGGUCAGCUGAGAAGAAGUAGCAGCUAUGUGAAACUAUUUGGGAAGGCAGAAGUGGACGUGAAUCUCUCUUUAGGACAAUUUACCAAGAGCCGAAACAUAGACAACGAACUCGAAUAUCAGCAGUUGGCUUACUUCAAAACAAGGAUUGGAGUUAGCAACUCAUUUCAGGACAGCAGAUCGUUAGCUGGCACAGAGGAUAAAGAGACAUUCCUGGUGACGCUAACUAAACCGUGUUUGUACGUACAACAAGUGGCAUUCGACAAAGCGGUUCUUGUUUAUUUGAAUUACAAGAACGCUUAUGAACACUGGAACGAACAACGACUUGCGCUCAACAAAGAGGUUCACUUUGCCACUCAAGCGGUGUUGGACAAACUGCCUCAGAGAGCCCCGUCUUCUCAGUUGUCGGGAUCACUUUUCCUUCAACUUACUGUCGACCAACUUGGCGUUUGUAUUCCCCUCUACAAUGGCAAUCAGGGUAUCGCUCAAGGCUUUCAAAUGAGAUAUGCUGAGCAAGAGCCUGGUCCUGCUAUGGUGUUAAGAGUUGAACAGAUGUUACUCACAUGUUGUUCAAGCGUCUCUUUUGUCAGCAAAGGAAAGUUCAACAGCUUCUGCCUUUGGUUCGCCGAUAAAUUUGAUACCGACACUGAGGACUGGAAACCAAACUUUGAGUCAGGGUCAACAGCGCGAUGUAGUAGAUGUGUUGUUCCGGAAGGAACCUACGAACUGUGCUCCAGAACACAGAGGUAUCCUGUGACACCAGACAUGAUCAAGGCAGGGAAGUGGGUUAUGUCCUUCCAAUGGCGCAUGUGCGGUAUCGAAUUGCAUUGCGACACCAACAUUGGUAAGCAUCUGUCAUCUCUGGGACAAACGCUGACGGCUUUGGCUGGUGAGCCGGAUGUGGCUAACAUUGACUCGGUUACAGAACUGCAGGACAGGGACCAGACUCCAAGGACAUCUGUUGGAGGUCGAGACGAGGUGGAUAACAUGGCGGGGACGAUGGAUGGACGGAAAUCUAGAAAUAUAGAGAAAAAUAUGUGGGAACAGGCCCGCAAGGUCAAUGAACUCAGGAGAAAAACUGACGUGGCAUCGUACGUCAUGGAACGAGAAACCAAACGACUUCAGGAUCUUGAAAGCGCAGUCUUUAACGAAUUUCGCAAAGACGUUCGGAAGAGGCUUCGGAGAAAUUCUCGGUCUGGCCGAUCGACUCUUUCGAAGGUUGCCGAGUCAGACCGAGGCAAAAUUCAUGGCAGGAAAGCUAUGUCAGAGAAAGUUCAGGGAUCCAGAACUCGCUCUAGAGUGCGUCGCCAAGUGAGUAGCGACCAGGAGGACAUUGAGAGCGAAAUGGUGGAGAUGGGAUCCACUUCGUCGUCGCCGCAGAGACCUAUGAGAUUUUCUACCAGCGACGCUCCGAUGAUUACUUGCGAGGACGAGGGGGAGAACGCAAUUUUUGGAAGGCAUUCGCCAUCUCUCCCCGACAUCAUCAACGUUGGCAGUAACGCAGUUAAGUCGAUUCACGAAGAUACACCCCCGUUGCGAGGCAUGCUGCACCAAGAAGGAGAAGAAACAGGAGGACCAAGAGUGACUUUUAGGACUCCGAGUGAGUCGGAUUAUGAGAGCGGCUCGUCGCAAAAGUCGUUUACUACGCAGCAACAAUCACAGCAACAGCAGACACAACAAAAUCUUGAUUUUGAGUUAGACGUGGCUGUAGAGAUUGACAGUGGUCAGUGUGUGUUUUAUCCUGCUGACGAAGGAGAAAAGGAUGACGCUGCAGACACCAAGACUUCGGACAAACGAUUCCAAUUGUUUGAUCCCGCACGCGGUAAAUUGUCAACCCCACUGUUCCAGACUACCAUUGGUCAGAAGCGACAGAAGCAAAGCACGCAGGAGAAACCUCAGCCUGAAGAUACAAAACUGCUUUUACCUGCGGUGGAUGUCCGUGUACACUACAAUUCCACCAUUGACUCGGAAAAUGUCGGAGUCUGUGUUUCCCCGAGUUCUGUCGGUGGGGGUCCCCCCACGAUAUUGGUCCAGCCGGGGACACCCACAGACAACUCAUCUUUUAUCAGUUACGCUGAAUCAACGGAUCAAGAAGGUCGAAGCGUGGAUUCUUUACUUAUGAGCUCUACCCAAAACAGGAAAAUCGUCAAGAAAGCUGGUCUGUAUGUAUGGGUGUUGUUCCAGUCACUACCUCAAGAAAUGGUGUUGAAACCACGUCUGCUAGAUUUCAUUGAACAAGCUCUGCAACCGAUCAGCGUGCCAGGUGGAGACGAAUUGGUCGACGGGGGAGCUAUAGCCUCGGGUGAAGACAGCGACACAGAGGGAGAAAUGGGAGGCUCUGUGGUGUCUUCCUCUAUGUCGGAAUAUUCUUCCUUUCCUGUAGAUGUGGUGGUUGUGAUUCGUGUGCAGCCAUCUGAUAUUCGCUUCAGCUGUCUCCCUGUCUCACGUGUAGAGUGUAUGCUGCGGCUUCCUGCACUGGAUGUUGUGUUUUCGUCCAACUCCAGUCCUAACAAGUCUCUGCUACAAACCCCGUCUUCUCGGCUCCUCGGUCGGGAUCAAUCGCGUCUUAAGACGGACCAAAUGGAAAGCACCCUACCUCCUUCCUUGUUGACUUUUGACAGUGGUGGUAUCAGCUUCACCGUCUGCCUCUCCCGCUUUUCAUUUUGCAUCUUCCAUCCAUACGGAAAGCAGCACACGGGUCUGGGUCGCUCUCCAAGUGGCGGCUCCUCCGAGGCGGAAGACAACCUUGAGGACAAUCGUCCGCAAUUCCGUUUUGCGCCGUCUCAGCCCUUAUCUGGUAAGAAGGACUCACUAAGUUUAAACGUGGAAUUCGUCAAGUUUAAUUUGUCCCGCAGGAGAGUUGGGUCUACAGGUGGUUCGACGGAAGAUAAAACUAGGACGCCAUCACCUGAUCUUCUGGCCGGGACGGGGACCGGGUCCUCGACUGUUGUCAAGGUGUCUGGUAUCUGUGACAUUGGCUCAGCAACUUUCAACUAUGACAUGCGCCGUUUGAACGAGAUUCUGGACUUUCCAAAGGCUUGGUAAAAGGGAGGACUUGUC